CUCUCUCUCUCUCAUUAGGUCAAUAUGUCCCUUCCUCCAUUAAAUGUCUCCACACUACCCAACUCUCCCUCUCACCCUCUCCCUCCCCCUCCCCCUCCCUUCACUCCCUUCCCUCGUCCUGGAGUCAGACACCUAUCAAUGGGAUCCAAUUUAAACUCAUCCAUUCGGAGUCUGAUGUCAUUCAGGGAUAUCACUCCAUUGAAGUUAGCAGCACAUUUUGCAGCAUCACACUCUUCUAAAACCACAAAAAUGUGCUGCUGCACAAGUGCAAACCACAGGAAUGUGAUAGGAAAAGAAUACAAUUUAAUGCUAAACUAAUGGAAGGUGUGUUUGGUGUUAUGUAUGAAGGAUAUUUAACUAAUGCUGAAGAUGAUGUUGAAGGAGCAAUACCAGUAAUAAUUAAAACUGUUAAAGAUAAUACUCCUGAUAUUGUUGUGAAGUCGUUAUUGGAGGGCGGGGCUGCUACAAGGGGUGUGAUUCAUCGUCAUUUAUUACCUCUAAUUGGUGCCCAUGCUUCAGAUCUAGAACAACCAAUGUUACUCUAUCCCAAAUCUUCAUUUGGUACUUUAAAAACUUUAUUACUGAAAACAAGAGAAGGAGGAGGAAUCAUGUUACCAGGAAAUAAUUCUGGUCAGUGUACAUAUAUAUCAACACAUGAUCUUGUAUUUAUAUCUGAACAAGUGGCCAGAGGAAUGUACCAUUUAACUAGAAAAGGACAAGUACAUAAAGACCUGGCAUGUAGGAAUAUAUAUAUUCACGAGAAUCUACAUGUAAAGAUUGGUGACAGAGGACUUAGUUGGGAUUUUUAUCCAGAAGAUUAUAAUACAAUAGAAGAGAGAGGAGGAGGAGGAGAUGAGACUAUUGCUUAUCCUGUCAAGUGGAUGGCAGCUGAAGUUUUGUCUGACAAAAGAUACUCCUCAUCUUCUGAUGUGUGGUCAUUUGGUGUUGUACUGUGGGAGAUAAUGACAAGAGGAAAGACUCCUUAUGAAGAUGUACUACCUGAAAAUAUGUUAAACUAUUUAACUACUGGCCACAGACUCCCCCAACCUAAAAACUGUCCUGAUGAUCUGUUUAGUUUAAUGGGUUGGUGUUGGGCCCUCACUCCUAGUGAUAGACCAAGAUUUAGUCAUUUAACUGUACGACUUAAAGAAUUUUAUGAUCAACUGGGAUCAUUCAUAUAAAGAGAGCCAACCAGAGAGUACUCUAUCAUAAUUUUAUUUCAUUUCACCAUUCACUGUAUUAUUAACAUAAACUAUUCUUCAGAGAUCAUUGUCUAUUUUAAAUAAAAAUAAUGUAUUUUAACAUCAUUAGUCAUGUGUUGUGCUUGACGAAA